AAAAGUGAUUAAAUUCAUUCAUCGACGAGAAACCCCACGAUCACGACGGACCGCCCCUCUGAGCCGCGACGACACCCCCAGACCGAACGAGAACGCAUCACCGAUAUUGAACCAGAAUCUCGGAUACGGCUGAUUCAUCAUGGCUACCGCAGCAGCGAACAAGCCCAAGCACGACUGGGCCGACGACGACGACAUCGAGGAGACCACCACCACCACAACUGAGCUCCCUCCCCCCCAGACCAUCUCCAACAAGGACGGAACCAAGACGAUCAUCACCUACCAAUACAACGAUGAAGGCCAGAAGGUCAAGACCACUCGCCGCGUCCGAUACAUCACCCACACCGAGACCGUGAACCCCCGAGUCGCCGACCGAAAAUCGUGGUCCAAGUUCGGCCUCAGCGCCAAGGACCCUGCCGGCCCUGCCCCCGAUACCACCUCUGUGGCCGAGAACAUCAUCUUCCGACCCAGCGUCAACUGGCGCAAGGAUGCCAAGGAGGACGGUGGCGACGCAGCCUCGAAGGCCAUGAAGGACAAGUUGAAGGACAAGCAAGUCAAGUGCCGUAUCUGUAAUGGAGAGCAUUUCACUGCCAGAUGUCCCUACAAGGACACCAUGGCCCCCGUCGGGGAGAGCGGUGCCGCCGACGUUGCUGCUGGAGUUGGCGACGACUUCUCAUCUGGUGGUGCUGCUGCUGGCAAGAAGGGUUCCUAUGUUCCCCCUGCCCUGCGUGGCGGGCCUGGAGGAGCUGGUGGCGAGCGCAUGGGUGGAUCCAAGUUUGGCGAGCGCGACGACUUUGCUACGUUGCGUGUCACAAACGUUUCCGAGAUGGCCGAGGAGGGAGAGCUGCGGGAUAUGUUCGAGCGCUUCGGUCGCGUCACUAGGGUAUUCCUUGCCAAGGACCGGGAAACUGGCAUGGCCAAGGGCUUCGCCUUUAUCAGCUUUGCUGACCGUGGCGACGCUGUUAAGGCUGCCGCCAAGAUGGACGGAUUCGGUUUCAAGCAUCUCAUUCUCCGGGUGGAGUUUGCCAAAAAGGCCGCGUAGGCUAUUUCGUUCUUGUCACGGGUUAGUUAGGGGCACGGUAAUGCAUUGGUCGAGGAUUUGCACCUCAUGAUUCAACGGCUAUCUGGAUAUUGUUCCUGGGUUGGCGAAAGAGUGGUGAUACUGUGCAUGAUCUAUGAAGGUCACCCAAAAUGAAUAAACGGCUAGAAAUAAUGCCAACUUGAUGUAUACUUUUCACCUUGAAUGGACGCGAGAAACGACCAGGGUAUUCCAAUGUUGACGGUUCGAACCUGAGAUGCUCACUCAAAGUUUCUU